AUGACGCUGAACAGGAAAUGUGUCGUGAUACAUAACGGGUCACAUAGAACGGUGGCCGGGUUUAGUAAUGUUGAGUUGCCACAAUGCAUCAUACCUUCGAGUUAUGUCAAGAGAACGGACGACGCGGGAAAGGCAAAGUUUAUAUUCGGAACCUAUGACAUGAUAGAUACUACAGCGGAGAAGCGCAGUGACGACGAGGUCUAUACGUUGAUGGACAGCCAAGGGUUGCCGUACAAUUGGGAAGCAUUGGAGUUGCAAUGGCGGUAUAUGUACGAGACUCAAUUGAAAGUUUCCCCGGAGGAAUUGCCACUGGUGAUCACCAUGCCUGCCACCAACGGGAAACCGGACAUGAGCAUAUUGGAGCACUAUUAUGAGCUGGCGUUUGACAAAUUGAAAGUUCCAGUUUUCCAGAUUGUGAUCGAGCCGUUAGCGAUUGCCUUGUCCAUGGGCAAGAGCUCUGCGUUUGUGAUUGACAUGGGUGCGUCAGGUUGCAACGUGACCCCCAUCAUCGACGGUAUCGUGGUGAAGAAUGCCGUAGUAAGAUCGAAAUUCGGCGGCGAUUUCUUGGAUUUCCAAGUACACGAAAAGCUAGCCCCCAUGAUCAAAGAGGAAAACGACAUGGAAAACAUGGCAGACGAGGAGAAAAAUUCCACAGAUGUUUGGCACGAUGCCAACACGUGGAUCCAACAAUUCAAGUCCACCAUGCUGCAAGUGAGCGAAAAGGAUUUGAUUGAGUUAGAAAGAUAUUACAAGGAACAAGCAGAAAUAUUUGCUAGGCAGCAGGAGCAGUUGAAGCAGAUGGACCAGCAACUCCAGUACACGGCAUUAAUGGGGAGCCCCAACAACCCAUUGCUACAGAAGAAAAACUUUCUAUUCAAACCUUUAAACAAGACCAUCACCUUAGACUUCAAAGAUUGCUACGAGUUUGCAGAGUACUUAUUCAAACCUCAACUGAUAUCGGACAAAUUUUCACCGGAGGACGGCCUGGGGCCGCUAAUGGCGAAAUCAGUGAAGAAGGCCGGCGCCAGCAUAAACUCAAUGAAAGCCAACACCUCUGCCAACCCGAACGGGUUGGGCACAAGCCACAUGCACGCCACUGCUGGCGACAAUGCCAACGGCAGCAGCAGCAACAACAUAUCGCCAGAACAAGUCUACUCGCUACUGUUGACGAACAUCAUCAUCACGGGGUCCUCAUCUUUGAUCGAAGGCAUGGAACAACGCAUAAUCAAGGAGCUGUCCAUUAGGUUUCCGCAGUACAAGCUGACUACAUUCGCCAACCAAGUCAUGAUGGACCGCAAGAUCCAAGGGUGGCUGGGCGCCGUUACAAUGGCUAACCUUCCCUCGUGGAACCUAGGCAAGUGGUACUCCAAGGAAGACUACGARUCGCUGAAAAGGGACGGAAAGCAAUCGCAGCCCGCUAACGCGAGCGCCAACACAAACUAG